GUAGAAGUAACACUAUGUAUUCUAUUCUUUUUGACAGAAACCCAAACUGAAAUUGUCUGACAAACGUUUGAGAGUCAGCUGAACCUUAUUGGAAAUGCUAACGGUACUCCUCACCUCUAUACCGUGGCUGUUUCUCCACUACGCCAACUACUACAUGGUCGGAGCAUCGCGUCCAAUAACCGUCAUCGCCCAUAUGGUCAACACACCAAAUUCCAUUCGAUGGGCACUGGAUCAAGGCGCCAACGGCAUUGAAAUCGAUUUGAAAUUUGAAGGCAACGACCCUAGUAAAUUUCAUCAUGGAUUUCCUUGCGAUUGCACUUGCUUCCUCCAUUUGUUUACCAAUGGGGACAAUGGAUGUGGGGUCCUCGGGGAAGGUUGUUCUGCUUCGACGAGUGUUACUGAAAUGGCAGACUUCUUGGGUAGCUCUGAGAUUGUCUCUUCUCCAUUAGCACUCAUUUACAUUGACGCUAAACUGGACAGAUCAGUGCCGAAUUAUGCCGAAGCAGGCGCAAAUGUGGUGCGAUUGCUUAACGAGAAAGUGCUUGAACGUGGUUUUCGCGGCCAGAUCCUUCUCGGAUGUUUAACGAUAUCCCGUGCUGAUUACCUGCGUGGUGCCCUUUACGAAGCUAGUAAGUCCAAACAUGCUGAUCGAUAUUUCUACACGAUCGACAACGAAGGGAAAAAGGCAAAAAGGGUUUUGAGAAAUUCGCUUCAGUUGAAGACCAGAAACAUUGUUUACGACACGGGUAUAACGGCAUGUUUUCAUAUCUUACCGGUAGCAUAUGACAAUGCCAUCCAGUACAGCCUUGAUAUGGGAAUGUACGCUGCUGUUGGUGUUUGGACGGUCGAUCGAGAAUCUACCAUGGCGCACUACCUGGAGGCAGGUGUGGAUUUUAUCUUAACAAACAGACCAAACGUGGCUGCUAACUUGGUUCAUCGAGAUUACACCAUCGCUUUGCCUGGCCAAGCAAUGAAACCUAAGUCAUUUCCAAAACUGAAUUCAUAUGUUUAAUGUUGCGAGCUGGUUAUCGUCGCUGCAAUCGUUUUUGUAAAGUUAGGUCUUCCAUAAGUACGUGACUCGUUAUCCACAAUGCUUGCUAUUCUUGAACAAAAAUUGAAAUUGGAAUCACGAAACUAUGUAGCUUCCCAAGCUUGACAGCCAAUCUUGUCGAACAUAGGCUUCCGGAAAAUUCAUGAGAAUUGUUUACAUUUUGGUGACGGAUUCGGAAUCAUCCUUGACUCGAGGUAUUAACUGGUUCAACUGGUUUUAUGUUGUCGAUAUGGAAUAUCAAAAUCGCUUUUUGAAAAACAGCGUAAUGCAGUCCACUU